AUGCUUGCCACUACUCCUCGGGUGGCACUCCGCUCAACUCGAGCUUUGAGAGCUCGACCAGCCCCAAUUCGAGUCCGUCAAGUCCGCCAACCAAGAAACUUCCGCUACCAAUCCACAACCUCAAAUCCAUCGCAAGCCAGUGGCGGAGCUUCUGGUGGCUCAAGUCAUGCUCUGCUGGGCGGCGCUGCUGGUGGUCUUGUCGCCUUUCUAGGUGGCUACUUAUGGUACUCUUUCUCGGGUGCUAAGUCCGUGGUAAACAGUGUCUCCUCGGCCAAAUCCUACGUCGACACAGCUUUCAAGAAGACAACAGCCGCUGCUCCAGAACCAAACCAGGCAGUGCAAUGGUUGAGGGAAACGGUCACCAGCUAUACUAGAAUGAUCCCUGGCGCAUCAAUCUACGUCGACAAGGCAUUUGACGACUUGGACAAGAUCCGAGAAAAGCACGGAGAUGAAGUAGACAAGAUCAUCACCAAGACAUACAAUGACCUCAAAAAGACCACCCAGAAAGGUUUCAGCAUGGAAGCUGCCACUGAUGCAUGGGAUAUUCUACAAAAUUGCCUCAAGGACAUUGGCUCACUUGCGGGUGAUGCUGCACAGGACAUCCUUGAGAAUCAUCCUCAACUGAAAGAAAAGGUUGGAGGUCGAUUUGACCAGCUCAAGCAGAUGGGUGACCAGUAUGGACCAGAAGCCAAGAAGCAGGUUGAAGACACAUGGAAACAAGCUCAGGACAUUCUCAAGGGAGGUUUCAGCGCCGAGACCUUGAAGAAGAUUCAAGACUUGAUCCAAGAAAAGACCCAAGAGAUCCAGAAGUACGGCGACCAGGCAUGGCAGAAGGGAAUUGAACAAGCCAAACCCAUCUUGGACAAGCAGCCUCAGCUGAAGAAGCUCGUCGAGGAGAACAAAGACAAGCUGUUGAAGGGUGACCUGGGUCAACUAUGGCAGAAGCUUCAGGAAGCAGCCAAAUCAGGAAACACAGACGACAUCCAGAAAUUCAUCAAGGAACAAACCAACAAGGCCUCGAGUUCAGCAGGAGGCGGUAUCGAGCAGCUUCUCAAGAUGAUCCCCGGUGGCUCAGAGCUUGCACCCAAACUACAACAACUACAAGAGCUCAGCCAGAAGCACGGACAGGAAGCCGAGAAUCUGUUAAAGGGCGCAAUUGAAGAUAUCAAGAAGGUGUUGGAGAAGAAGGUCGACGAGGGCCAGCAGCUCAAGAAUAAGGUCGAGAAGGAUGCGAAGAAGUAA